AUGAUUGUUUUGUAUUUAUGUGGUAAAUUCCCUCGUUACAAUGUCGUUGAAAGUAUCAUGAAAACAGAGAGUUUACGAGAGUACUUUAGUAAAUUUGGUGACAUCACAGAAGUAAUGGUAAUGAAGGAUCCAGCAACGAGGAGAUCAAGACCCCAUAUUGGAAGGAAAGGAGUUCGAGUUUACUAUUCUAUUGAAGUUUCAAAACAGGCCAAGUUAUUAGAAGAUUUAUACAAUCACGAUAUUUUGGAAUUUGAUGUUAAAAUAAGUCUUGUGAAGCAGCGGAGACCUGUAGUUUGGGGCAACGCUGAGAAAAUUUUAAAGAAUGUCAUGGCUGAUGGCGGACGGCGGACAAGGGUUUUUCAAAAUAUGCAUGUCAGUGAUUCCUAA